GUCAUCCCUUCAUACCACAGACAACUCUGGGAGGCUUGACAUUGAGUCCCGGGAAUGUGGCCAAGUCCUGCUCACAGGCCAUCUAGACAUAAACGGGAGUCCUCAGACGGGAGGGGGUGGCAAAUUGUGUCGCCUCGCAAGUUCCACGAUCCAUCCGACAGCUGGAGAGUGCGGCAAGGAUUCAAAAUGGGGGACAUUGUAAGAGUCAGGGUUGGAAGGAUAACUUGGAACCCUAAAGUCUCGAUUACUUAAAUUUCACUUCUAUUGGGAGUGGCGUUCCAAUGAAGGCUUUUCAGCAAAUCUUUGAGUGCCAGUUGUACGGAAAGAGUCUUGCCUUCUGGGAUACCGAUGUGGGUAGUCUCAGUAUGAACCUCGUCGUUGUGGACUUUCCCUGCUAUUUAAGGGUGGGAAGUGACAGGGAGGAGGUUACCCUGAUAGUCGUUUUGUAGAUUUUGUGGCAGAUAAGGGGACGAAUGUAAGUAUUUCAGGUUUUGCAAACAGGGAAAAGAAUAGAAAAAGAGAAAUGGGAUGGUUGUGCAUAGCAUUUAGCACUGACUGUUCAUGCCUGUUGUGGGAAGUGAAGACCCAAAGAUGGCAGGUUAAGAAAUACCUAGGCCAUCUGGAUCUAAUAGAUUAGGUCCAUUCGUGAGUUAAAGGACAUCCAAAUAGAGACAUCCUCCGAGCACUCAAAAGUGGAAUCAGGAGAGUGGUUAAGGUUAUACAGUAAAAUCUGAGAGACACCUUAAGCAAUAUAUUUUCCCAAGACACUGUAUUUAAAUAUGGAGUUGUGAGAAAUCUAGUCGUGAGUUAGUUUCCACACCAGAGACGUGAGGCCUAUGGCCAGUCAAAGCAAACGUGGGGAGAAUGUUAGCAGGUUUUUCAAAAACUCUGUGAGAAAGCCUGAAGUGAAGGUUAGGUGUUCUGGGUUCUUGAUGUGAUGUGCUAGGAAGUGGUAUGUCCUGGAGAGGGCACAAGAGCCCUCACUCCUCACCUCAUACUGUCUGUCCCUGUUCCUGGUUGUUAAGAGUCUACGCUGGGCGUUUCCAGGUUCGUGGUUGCUUAUCCAAAGAACUAAAGAGAAGGGCUCACACAGACUUACAGAAUAAGUGAGGAAACCUUAUUUUGUGGAGCAAUAAUAUAUAUUAAAAAGCGGAAUGAAGGGUUUUUGUUGUUGUUUUUGAGACGGGGUUGCUCUGUAGUUCUGGCUGUCCUGAACUCACUCUGUAGACCAGGCUGGCCUCGAACACAGAAAUCCACCUGCCUCUGCCUCCCAAGUGCUGGGAUUAAAGGCGUGCGCCACCAUUGCCCAGUUGGAAUGAAGGUUUGUUACUUGCAAUGUUAUAAUACAAUUUAAAAUAUAUUUAAUGUUGUGGAUCUGAGAGUGUGGCAGAGAAUGCAGUUUUGGGUUUUUUUUUUUCCUUUUUGUCUUAUACCUUGUUAUUUGAAAGCAGACUUAGUAUAUAAACAACUCAGUGUGUCCAUGCCUCAAUAAAGUUUUAUGGACAUUGAAUAUUAAACUUAAAAGUUGAUUUAUUUUAGCCAUAUGGGAGUGGGUAUGUGUGCAGAUAGAUACCUGGAAAGGCCAGAAGAGGGAGCCAGGUGCCCAGAAGCUCCUAGAGUCACUGGCAAUUGGGAGCCAUCUGAUAUGGAUACUGGUAUGAUAUGGAUACUGAUAUGGAUACUGGAACCAAAGCUGGGCCCUCUGGAAAAGCAACAAAUACCCUUAACUGCAGAACCAUCUUCCCAGCCCCUGAAUUGUUCUUUUUAAUAAUUUUCACAGGUAGAGGAAUAUUCUGCUGAUUUAAAAGAAAACAAUUUAAAAUGUUCAACCAUUACUAGUAUAGGGACUAACAAUAGGCAAUGAAGCCAAGUAAGGCAGUGCACACCUGUAACUUCAGCACUGCAGGCCAGAGGCAGAGUCUUGUUCUGCAUGAUGAGGCCCUGUGUCACAGUGACACCUUUAGCAAGACGACAGACAGUGGCGGCAGGAAGGAGUUGACUUCUCUGCUGUGGCAUCCUUUUGUGGCUCGUUUAAGUAUUUUUGGCACUGACUUGCUGAAGAAACUGGGCUGCUUGUCUGACCUUUCGGAUUUGUGUUUUUGCUGAACAGUGGUGCGAGUUCCUUGUUCUCUAGUUAUUGAAACUUUAUAACCUUGAAAUUAUAUCUCAAGGCUAAUAACGUCCAAUGCUAUUUUAAAUCCCUUGUUUACUGUCUCUCCAUGUUCCUAAAUCACAGGUGACAGUGCCUUGACAAGAUUCACUAAGCCCAAACAGUUUGCAGAUACUGCUUUCUGUUAGAGGGCAACAGAACAAACGCUUUCCCACUUUGUUUUGAAAAAUCAACUCAUUGAUACUGGUAAUUUUUUUUUAUUAAAGACAGCUAUUUUUAAACAUUAAUGAAGUGGAGACAUUACUGUCCUAAAUAGCAGGGUUGCCAGUGUCUGACUCCUCCCUCAGGUCAUGGUGACUGCCUGCCAGGGUUACUGUUGCCAGAGGAAAUUCUACUCAUCCACCAAGAAGACAAUGAGGCUCAACAGGGACCAAGAGCCUUCACUAAUUACUGGCAGUGGCAAGAAUUCUGACUCCAAAGCUCACUUUGUUCCAUCUCUGAGUAAUUGUAGUCAUUUCAUGGUAUUGUACUUUAUGGGCCUUGUUCAUGGAUAGAACUAUUUCCAGUCAAUUUAUUUGAACUUUUCUUUGGCUCCUCUGUAUCGGAGUGCUGAGUUAUUGUGGUAUUUCCACAGAUGUUUCUGGUGGGUGGGCUGAUGAGGAAGUGGCUUUUGUCUGAGAGCAUUUUCUGUGGGAGACUUGGAGAAGGUCUUAGAGGAAACCGAUGUGAUUCACGUGGCGUGGAAGGACAGAAGUCUUUUGCCAUUCAACUUGGUAAGGUGUACCGUGAAGAGGCUGUCCUUAGUUUAUCAAGGGAAUGGUGGUUCUCCCUCUGAUUUGUCACUUUGUCUGCCACUCAAUUAGACAUCACUUUAAACACGGGUGCUUCCUUCUACAAACUACAUUUACCUUCAUUGUUUGGGAUUAAAGGUGUGCAUUAAGAGAGUGACUGAAUUCUAGCCAGAGGGAUUGGUGUGUGAUAAGGCUAAGCCACCACAGCACAACUAAAAACAGGUUUUUCCAGUAAACAACACAAUCUCAGGUCCACAGUGUGAUCAAAUAUCCUGCAACAGCCUAGAAUUCUCUCUUCACUAUCUCUUGGGUUAUCCAAACUCCUGACUAGGUCUCACGGUCUGUCAUACUGUUGGGGCAGCACAUCCAGACACACAGCAUUUGACAAAGUCAGCCCCCAGGAGUAGUUGGUGAAUAAGGAAGUAGUUCAUCUACAUCUCCACUCUCAUCACCGUCUCGGUCUUUCUCCACUGCACAUGAGCUUUUCCUAGUUUCCAAAUGAGACUCAACUUCUGUUGCUCCCUUCACAUCCCAGCUUCCAGUACUCCUGAGUGAAGUAUCUUCAAUAUAUUGGCAUCAACCUGACAGAUCCUAUGUUCAGAGGAAUUUAUAGGGGGGUGCAGAAGCAUCAAGAUGACUUACAAGAUGUAAUAGAGAGAGCUAUCCAGAUUGGUGUUAAAAAGUUUAUGAUCACAGGUGGAAGUCUCCAAGACAGUAAAGAUGCACUGCAGUUGGCACAAACAAAUGGUACCCUCUUAUUCCUUUUACCAAAACAAAUGUGAAUUACGUAAUUAUGAAGAAGUCUUUCUCAGAACUGCUUAAGACAUGUUUUUCAGUACAGUGGGGUGUCACCCCACGAGAUGUGAUGAGUUUGAGAAGGGUAGCCCUGAUCAGUACUUAGCAGGAUUGCUGAGCCUUGCUGAGAACAACAAAGGAAAAGUUGUUGCAAUAGGAGAAUGUGGACUUGAUUUUGACCGACUUCAGUUUUGUCCCAAAGAUACUCAACUCAAAUAUUUUGAAAAACAAUUUGAACUGUCAGAACAAACACAAUUACCAAUGUUUCUUCAUUGUCGCAAUUCACAUACUGAGUUUUUAGAUAUUAUGAGAAGAAAUAGAGACCGGUAUGUGGGUGGAGUGGUCCAUUCGUUUGAUGGCACGAAGGAAGCAGCAGCUGCUUUGGUUGACUUGGGCCUUUAUAUAGGAUUUAAUGGUUGCUCUCUGAAAACUGAAGCUAACUUGGAAGUUCUGAAGUCAAUACCUAGUGAAAAACUAAUGAUUGAGACAGAUGCACCUUGGUGUGGAGUUAAAAGUACACAUGCUGGAUCAAAAUACAUAAACACUUCAUUUCCUACCAAAAAGAAAUGGGAAAACGGGCACUGCUUAAAAGAUAGAAACGAGCCCUGCCACAUCAUUCAAAUAUUGGAGAUAAUGUCAGCAGUCAGAGAAGAAGACCCACUGGAAUUGGCCAACACGCUCUAUAACAACACCAUUAAAGUGUUUUUUUCCUGAUUUGUGUUUCCUUUUUAUGAUGUGGAAUUUCAUUGUAAAACUGUGAACUUUAUUGAGGAAUUUUUUCCAGUAGCACUGUACAUUACACCUCGAAGAGUCAGGUCAGCACUGUUUAGGCUGCUUUAGUUAACAAUGUCCACCUUUUUAUUGUGUAAUCUCAUCAGAAGUCUGAAAGGACAGUUUUAUGCUCUCACUGCAAACACAGUGAUGCUUCUACUAAGACUUAGACAGCACAUCCUGGAUUAUAUCAAAGUUUAGUUGAUAACAAGCCUAUUUCUCAAUUCUGUCCCUGUUUUUUGACUUUUGAACCUAGCUCUAAGCUGCAGCUCAGGUUUCAAGUUUUUUAGUUGCUUCUAGCAGGUUAUCUUGCCUUAGUUUUAGAAGACAUUUUAUAGCCUUUCUACUCAAGAUUAUUUUUCUUCUCGUCUCUUAUACUAAAGUUCCUUUAUUCUGCAUUUUCAUUUUCCCACUCAUUUUAAGGAAAAGCUAGAGUCCAGCAUUAGAUAUAUUCCAAUUUCAUGGAGGAAUCUUUGGCACAAUUGACGCACCAUAUGAUCAUUAUCUCUAUUAAGAAGCUAUUUGUUCAAAUUUUGUCAUAAAAACGUGAAAACUUUUAUUCUAUGUACAAUAAUGUACACAAAUUUAAACAGGUCACCAAAGAGACCAGAAGUAAUUAAAGAGGUAUAUUUACAGUAGCACAUCACAGUAAACGGAAAGCAUUCACAGUUUCAACAUCCAUACUGUUUUUGUGCUUGGUUACACACUGACGUGAAGCAUAUUACUCCAUUUUGGAUGAACUGAAUUUUAAACAAAUACCUCAAUGAUUAGUAAAUGCUACUUUAAUCAGUGUCAUCAUUAAAUUCUGCGGCUGCUGCUGCUGCGCCUGUGUGCUGAAUCCCCCCGUUUCUUUCUCUUUGAGCAUCAUCAUCACAGUCUGUACUGUCAUCCUCGUUCAGUUCUCGGUCAGAUCCAGCAGCAUCCUCUCUUAAAGCCUCCUCUGGGUUUGGAUUUUCAUUGGGUGCAAUAAAUCCGUUGUUGUUAGA